AUCUGCAUAACCAAAGUGUUUUUUUUUUUAUUUUGGAUUCACUCAUCUGUUUGUGAGAGCCAAAUUAAAUCCAGUGCCAAAGUGUUGCAUUUUCAUCAUGAAGCGGGAAAAAUCUCCUUCAGUGUAAACCUACACCUAAGUGUAGUAGAAAUGUUUGUGCUCCUUCCAUAUUCUUCAGUUGUUUUUUAAAAAUACAGUCUUGUUGAAUAAACACCAUGACAGUCCUAUGUUUCCUAUAUAAGUCUUAUUAUCUAACAAGAAUUUCAAAUAUUAAAUUAUGACCACAGACUUGGAUUUUGUGAUAACAUUAUAAUUAAUUAAAUGUGUAACUUUUUAGUUUUUCCUGAAAGACAAAUUGAAUACUGUUUUAACUGUUGGGUCAUCUCUGAUAAAAAUAUCUUGAAAAUGUUACUAGUUAUACCAGUGUACCAGAUAAAGAGGAAUACAUGUCCUUUCCUUUGUUGUUGUGUAAGUUUUAUCCCCUCUAUUAAUUUUUCAUAUGCUAACUUGACUAAAACAAUUAUUAAAAAAACAACACAACAGAAAUGAGCUCAUUUAUCAUGACAUGGUAAUAGAACUGUUUCACCCAGCUGCCUUGUUCUCACAAUCUCUAGGAACUAGAGAAAGCCAUCUCCCUGAAAGACAAGGCUAGACAACGAGAAAUGAAAGAGCAAAAGGAUCGCUAUAAACAUGCUAAAGAAGAGCUUCAAAGAGUGCAGGAGGAUUUCAGAUCACUGCGUGAGAGAUUACAGGUAACAUUACAACAACUGCGGUUUUCCACUGUAAUUUUUUACAUGAACGUGUAUGCUGUAACCUCCUGAAUGGUGAGAAUUAUAUAGAGGGAAGAAAAACAGUUGACAGUGAUGGAAUAACCACCCUAAAAAAAACUUUACAUCAACUUAUACUUUGUAUAGGCGUCUGCAGUGUAGGCAGUUCAUAUCUAUAGCUCGUUAAAAAGCAUGUAGAAUUUUCAUAAAUGUUGAUGAAUAAACAUUUAAAGCGGAAGCUUGUUUUUGUUGAAAAUUGAAUUCAGGAAUACACCUUUUUAAUAUGACUUUUUUAAUUUUAGACUCUUACCAACUGUUUAUAUAAAUUUUGCGUCUGGUUUUUCCUUAUGUAAUUUGGCUUCUGUCAGAAAUGUGGCGGAAAAAAUUAAGCGAUAUUUCCAUUACAAUUUUAGAAAUGUUUAGACCAAGAAUUCACCUUUUUUUGUUUUUGCUCUAACAAAACAAUCUUUUCUCAUUAAUUUAGUUGUUCACCUGUUUUUUAAGUUAAAAGCACAAAAUAAAGAAUUCGUUUAAAUGAUUCUGGAUCGGAAAAAACAAUAUUAAAAUUUAAAAAAUGUCUCACGCGGUCUUCUUCCUUCCCUCUGUAAUUUUAGUUUUCUUUUUCUCUUUUUUUUUGGCGUGAAGCAACAACGUUUCAGAUGGACAGCCCAUCGAUCAAUAGCGAGUCAGCACAAUAUGUAAUCGCAUUACAUUGAAUCCAUCGAAACUUUCCUAGAAUUAAGUCGCAUCUCUAUAAUUCAUUAAGGUGUAAUAUUAAUACAAAUGUGCCCCUUCCCCGCCCCCUGCUGCUUUCAAUACCUUUUUUUAUUGCGAUAACGGGGAGCACUUGUUUCCAAAAAAAGAGGGGAAAAACAUCAAGUUUAUUAAUUCACGUUACAUGUAUGAGAUGACUUUCUUAUUCGGUAGCAGGAAAAUCGCCCCGUGCAAGGGAAUCCAGGUUCAAGAAUCCGGGAAUUUUUUUGCUUGUGGAACUGGUGGGAUCCUAAGCUUUAGAAUCCGGAAUACAUCUCAAGGAAUCCAGAAUCCCACUGACGAUUGCAAUCCAGAAUCCAAGACUGUCUUGGAUUCCUUUAUAUAAGGCAAAGAAAAUCUACUUGUCCACGACAACCAACCGGGACUUAAGAAAAAGACCUGGCCAACUUUUUAUGUCUUUAAUAAUUUGUAUGACCCUUUUGUUAGUAUUAGAGCUUUAAAGUUUAAUUAUCCCAUAUGUCUUAUUUUACAGGAAAAGGAAAAAGAGUUGGAUGAGAAGAACAUUUACCAUUACCAAAUUACUAAACAGAAGAAGAAAGGCGUUACAUUGCCAGCCCUCCCCGCUGAGCCCCAGGCUCCUGCUAUUAGCGCUCCUGUUAUUCAUGCUUCAAAAUCCGCGGAUACCCAAGAGAAACGGGCAAACGUGUUUUUAACAAACGCACCGAGUGAUACUGGCUCAGUGUUAACGGAUGAAGUGGAGAGGUCUUUCAAAGUUGAAGUUCGACAGGAUAAGCCGACUGUUUCUGAAGCGGCUAAACCAAUUGUGUUAGAAGCUAAUAAACGUGAUAAGGAUGAUGAUGAUAGACUUAGAGGGGGCGCAGAGGAACGGAGUAGACUUGACGAAGAUGAGCGACGAAGGCGCUUGGAGGAAGAAGAGCUGAAGCGGAGAGAGGAGGAAGAGAAGCGAAAAGCAGAGGAAGAAAGACGGAGAAGGGAGGAAGAAGAAAAGCUAAACAAACAACGGGAAGAAGAAGAACGCUUGCGAAAACAGAAAGAAGAAGAAGAGAGAAAGCGGUUCGAAGAAGACGCGGAAGUUCGGCGAAAGAAAGACUUGUUGUUGGCUCGGAUGCGAGCGAUAGAUACAGGUAACGAUAAACCAGACAGUGGUGUAACAGUAGGACAUACUGCGGAUCCUCCUGUUAAUGAUAAACCCAAAAAGCUACCAAUCUUUCUUCAGAGUGACCAACCAGAGCCGCAGAAAGCAAAGCCUGCGCCGAAAAGUGUGGCCUCUGACGACGAUGUUUUUUCUGAUAUCGGAGGGGAUAGAAAGAAACGGAGCAGUGCCCGUUCCAAACAUAGUAGCUAUUCCUAUGAUUUCAAACAAACUGUGGAGAAUCUUCAUCAUGGACUUCCCGCCCAUGUGUCACUUGAGAACAUUAAAGAUCAAAGCGCCAAAGUAGACGGCAAGGACUCGUUGUCGGACGAUCUUAGCAUUGGUUCCUAUAAACCAACACUCGGCAGAAGGGCUGCCGCGAAAAGAGACAGUAGAGAAAAAGAUGAACUCUCAUUCGGAGGUUAUAAUCCUUCUUUUGGCGCGAAAAAAGACACGACGCGGAAAAACAGUGGUCUUGACUUCGGGACGGGGAAGAAAGCUAUACCCCAGAAAGAACAAAAUGGUGUAAUACUUGGUGAUUAUAAACCAACGUUAGGCGGCGCAUCCACUAAAACUGCUUCAACUCAGCAAAACGGGGAUAUAUUUGGUGACAGAGACAGUCAAGUGCGGAAUCGAAGAACAAGAGGCUUCGCAAGUAAAGGGGCAUCGGUGUUUGGCGAUGAUCUGUUUGAAAAUGAUAAUCCUAAGCCAACAGGAGAACCUCUGUUUGGGGACAAGUCAUUAAACAAAGACAAAUCCUCCUAUCCGUGGGAGAAUAAAGUAGACGUCACACGGAAAAACAGUGAAGGGGAUUCUUUACUACCUCGGCGUAGAGUACACUUGCAACAAAACGUUCGCGCUGUGAACAAUGCGCUGGGCGACAUUGAUGACGAGAUUGAAGAAGUUAUUCUUUAA